UUAGUGACACAGAUCUGUACAGUAGCAGCGGUCUGGUUACUGAAUCACUGCUGGACAUGGAGCACUUUACCCAUCAAUAAACUCUCACCAAAGACAAAAUAUGGGGGAGAGCAUUGAUGUGAAGGCUCUGAGGGCCAGGUUCAACCAAAAGGCCAGCACCUCGGACACCAGCAGCCGAGACAGCGGCUCCCCAAAAUCUCCACGACCUGGGUUUGGGAGACCGAUACUGCCCGUGACAGAGAACGAGCUGGCUCAUCACAGACUGUUUCCUACGGUUCCUCCUCCUCCGAUGGCUAGCCCAGGCCUGGUCAGGUUCCCGAGAGCAGAACCGAUGGCAGCCUCCAUCCCCUCCAGACCUGCUUCCUACCCUCGGCUGCCUCCCAAUCCUGGAAUCAGAGCAUCCAUCCAGCAAGUAGACGUUGGCAAGGUCAAGAUGAAGGGGGAGAUGCUACAGCACAUGAUGCAGAGGCACCAGAGGCCUCCAUGCCCCAAACCAGCCCCAGCUCCAGCUCAGUCCCCUGUACCAGCUCCCACCUCCACUCCUCUACCGCUCCGACAGCAGCCCCGACAGAGGAGUGCAGGGGACGUGACCCCGCUGAGGAGGCCACUACCGCCUGAAGGACCCCUGCCCUUAAAGCCCAAACGACCUCCCAAUGUCAACCUUGAGCCCUUUCUGAGGUUCAACCGAGGACCUGCCCUUCCUGCUCCAAGAAAGACUGACGGUUCCCCGUGCUCAACAGGCAGAAAGAUGUCUUUACCCGCCGUCAUCAGUCCUCCAAAACCGCCACAACGAUCCAACAAACCCAGCAAGCUGCCGCAACAAAUGGCCUCCAUGGAGAUUGAGAAUAACCAGGACUUCUAUGAUGACAUUGCAAGCCCUCAGAAGAACGAUUCCUGGAGCGACAACAGUUCACAUUGUAUGGACGGGGAUGAUGAUGACGUGUAUGAGUUUAUUGAUGAGGAUCAGGUGGAUAUAAAUCGGUUUAAUUCUGAGAAGAAAAACAAACAAGAAGCAAAGAGUCAACAGGCGCAGGAGAAAAAAAAUCAGCUGGAACGUCAGAAAAAAGAAAAAGAAUUGAAGAAGAACUUUCAGUUGGAAGGGGAGGUGGAGGUUCUUCAUACAGCCAGAGUCCGGCAUGACUGGCACGGAGGAGGAAAACUGGACCUCAGUGUACGACAAGGAGAGAACGUGGAUAUCCUCCGAGUUAAGAAUAACCCAGGAGGCAAAUGGUUGGCUCGCUCUCUAAAUGGAAACUAUGGAUACAUCAGUAACACAUGUGUGGAUGUUGACUAUGAAGCAGUGAAGCGCAAAGUGCUCCAGUCCAGAAAAAUAGACACAUCAGUGUUGCCUCCACCACCUCCAGACCCCCCAACGAUGUUAAAUGUGAAUUCCAAUAGCAGCGACAGCAUGCUUCAAGAUGAUGAUGACUAUGAUGACGUUCAACCAAUAACUGAGGAUUUCCCCCCACCACCGCCUGACAUCAGCGUAGAUCCCAAAGUGGAGAAGGAGUUAAGAAAAAGAUUUAAGUAUGAAGGGCCUCUGAGGGUGUUGCACACCAUGAUGGUGGAUCCCAAUUGUGUCAUAAAGAAGCCAGGAGGGAAGGAUCUGCCCGUGACUCAAGGAGAAGUUGUGGACAUCAUCCAGCUCACUAACAGCAAGAAAUCUCUGUGUUGUAACCGGUUUGGAAAAUAUGGUUAUGUGUCCAGAUCGAUUCUUCUUACAAUGGAAGGAGACAUUUACGACGAUGUUGAUUAUCCAGGUGACAUCUACGACAAUGACUCUCCACACCCUGAUUAUUGAUACAUGCCAGCUAAACACGCACAGUAAGACAGAGAGAGAUACAGACACAAAAAAACAAGAUAUAUACGCAUUUCAAACUGAAACCGACACCAAUAUAAAACUAUAUAAUCAUCUAUCUGGAUACACAUGUUUGCUGAACUCCACCAUAAGCAUUUAAUCGAACAGGAUUCAAAGACAGCAGGCUUCCUGUUGCAAUUGAGGUGGAAUAGAAAUGAGCUCUCUGGCUCACAAACUAAAUAGCUUAAAAAUAAAAACUAUAUCAAACUAAGGGACAAAAACAGAAAAUAGAGUAAAUAGAGACACACACAUAUUCCAUUUGCUGAGACUAUCAAACUUUCCAUUGCAUUGUUUGUCAAACUGUUUGUAUAGAAAAUGAAUACACUAUAACUGUAGCUUUGUGUAAUGCGCGAAUUCUGAGAUAAUUUAAAAUAAAUUUUACUGGUAAUUGUGUUCCUCUUUUAUUUGA